AUGAGCAUAAGUGUAUAUAAAAAUAAAAUCUUUAAUACUAGGGAUGUUUUGGAAGUAAGCAUAUAUGGAAGGAACUUAAAAUUGGAACCCUCUAGUUUUAAGGACUGUGUUUAUAAAUUAAACGACAAUAAAAUAAAUAUACAAGAAUUAGAAAAAGUGGAUGGAUCACAUGGUGUUGUUACGGAAGUGUGUUCAAAAGAUAAAGAAAAGAAUGAGGAAGUAAGAGGUGUUAAGAUGAUGAACUCUUUAUGUUAUAAUAUGGAUGAACUAAAAUGCUUAUAUUUUUUUUUCCUAAUCAAUAUAUUAAGAUUUAAAAAUAAUUUAGAUAUAAAUUUAAUAAGAAAUGUUUGUAGUUCUAUAAACAAUACGACAUAUUGUUCUUCUAAUAUAAUUUUUAAGGAAAACGAUAUGUAUAGUGUAACAUUAAAAAAAUUUUUUAUUUCAAAUUUAAAACAAUGUGGUAAGGUAGAAUAUAAUAUGAGUCAUUUUAAGUCUUCUAUAAAUGUCGUUAUUGAAAAAUGUAGCAUGUUAUUUCUGAAUACACAUAAAACGUAUUCUUUAUGUAAAUAUUUAACAUGUUGUUUAUGUAAUAUUCUGGAGUUAUUUAAUAUUAAUUGUGAUGUCUUAUUUAAGAAUACAUUUAAUAACAAUGUAAAUAAUAGUAACAUACAUUCAAUAAAUGAUAUAAUAUCGAAAAUUAAGUGGAUGAUUCACGAUUCGAAAAUUGAAAAAGACAAGGAACUUUCUAAAAAUUUCAGUUCAAAUAUCAUGUUAUUUGUUUAUGCACAAAGUAAGUUAACGGAUGACUGUAAUUAUAUUAUGACCUUAAUUAAUCAGAACUUUAAAAAUAGUUUAGAUGAUAAUAAACAUGAAUAUACGGAAGAAAUGAAUUCAAUAAGUAUAUAUAUUAAUAUUUUAUGUAGAGGUAUCAAUGAAAACUUAUAUAUUCUUACAAAAAACAUUCUAGAUAUUGCAACUAAAAUUGUACCUUUAUUUGUUAAUAAUUUGCAUGAUUUUAUCACAUCCAAUGAGGUAAUUACGAAUGACCACGCCGAUUUGAAGAAGCCUCCCACUAGCGGUUUUGUCGUCGUGUAUAAUGAUAAUAAUUGUAAUAAUAAUGACAGGGGUAAUAAUAGUAACAGCGGUAAUAAUACUAUGGUGGGAGUGAACAGCUUGAAGAUCUACCUUACCGAAUUAUAUGAAGAAAAAUAUCUGAGGAGUGUUGAGAAAAAGUUUGUAAACAUCUCAUAUUCAAACGAAUUUCAUAAACUGAAAGAUAUGAAUAUAGUAUUCAACGAGCUGUUAAUUCUUUUAACAGAUAUAAUUAUGCACAUGAACAUCUUGUAUGAUAUAAAAGCAUAUAACAAAGCUUUAGCUCAUAUUCUGAAGAAUAAAAAAGUGUCUGGUUGUGUUCAUAAUAUUGGUAUUGGAUGUCUUGAAUUUAAAAAUUUUCUCUAUUCACUUAUCUCACCUAAUGGUAAAUCAAAAUUAAAUAUAUAUAAUGAAAAAGACAAACUAGUAUUAAUGAAAGAUAACAAAAUUGUGAGUAAUCACCUUUUUAAUAUCCUUAGUGAACAUUUUAUACCUUACAAAUUUGUGGAUGAUAUAAGUGAAAUACUAAUUCAGAAAAAUAUAAACUUUAAUUUGAAAGUGCCAAAAGGGGCAAAGGAUUUUACAGGAGAAGAUAUGCAGUUAAGAAAUAUAUUUUUCGAUUUCAUUAAAAGGAAAUUUUUAAUACACGGUGCAGUAGAAAUAGAUACACCUAUAUUUGAAUUAAAAGAAACAUUGAUGGACAAAUAUGGAGAAGAUUCCAAAUUAAUAUUUGAUCUAAAGGAUCAGGGUGGAGAAAACUUAUCCUUAAGAUAUGAUUUAACUGUUCCUUUAUAUCGUUUUGUUAAUACGAAUAAUGUAAAUGCUUUAAAAAGAUUUCAUAUAGGAAAAGUAUAUAGAAGGGAUGAACCAAGUAUGAAUAGAGGUAGAUUUCGAGAGUUUUAUCAAUGUGAUUUUGACAUAGUAGGAAAAUAUGAUACGCUUCGUACCGACUUUCAUAUUUUAUUUAUCUUUUGGGAUAUAUUAAAUAAUUUAAAAAAUGUUAUAGGUAAUUUUAAUUGUAAAGUUAACCACAGAAAAAUAUUGGAAUAUAUGCUCCUCUCUUGUAAUAUUCAUAAAGAUAAAGUUAAAACUAUAUCAAGCAGUAUAGACAAAUUAGACAAAAUAACAUUUCAGCAAUUUAGGGACGAGUUACUAAAUGAAAAAGGAAUCCCUGUAGAAUCUGUGGAUAAAAUUGAAGCAUACAUUUCAAAAACGUUAAGUUUAUCUCCAUUCUUAGUUAUUGAAUUUUUGAGAAAUGAUUUAAAUGAAUCUACUUUUGAUCAAUGUUAUAAGAAUGAAAUCAAUGUAGUGAUAAAUCAUUUAGAAAACAUUUUUGAAUUGCUUAAACGUUUUAACAUGAUUAAUCAUUUUACAUUAGAUUUGUCAUUAGCCAGAGGUUUAGAUUAUUAUACUGGAAUCAUAUUUGAAUUUGUUCUUCUUUCAGAAACAGGAUUAGGUAGUAUCGCCGCAGGGGGGAGGUAUGAUUAUCUCAUAAGAAACAGAAGAAAAGAAUACAUACCGUCUGUUGGUGCUUCUAUCGGGAUAGAACGAAUAAUAGCCAUUGCCGAGGAUAAGGUAAAGGAGAAAAUUCUUACCCCAGAGGAAGCUAAUAGCAGAAAUGAUAGUAGCCAUUGUAAAGGUACAGCACAAAAUAAGGAUACACUCAAUGAAGGUAUUAGCGGAACAAAUAACAAUUCAAUGAUAUGUAAUGUUGUCACGACUAGUAGCAGCUCAUCGAAGUAUAAGCUCAAAGACAAUUCAAUUGAAGUUCUUAUAUGUCAUGCAAAGAAAGACAGUUUUACGGAAACCAUUGAGUUGUGCAAAAAAUUAUGGGAUCAAAAUAUUUGUACGGAAUUUAUAUAUGUGCAGGAUCAAAAAAUACAGAAGCAACUGAUUUAUGCUUUAGAAAAACAAAUACCGCUUGUUGUCAUUAUCGGUGAUGAAAUUGAAAAGGGAAUUAUAAAAUUACGAGAACUUACUUUAGAUAAGGACAGAUCAUUUGGAGAAAAAGAAAUAAGUCUAAAUGAUUGUGUCAAUGAAGUAAAAAAUUAUUUCAAGCAUAAUUUAACGUGGAAACAGAAUGUUAUGAAUAUCCUAUUUGAGAGAACGAAAGAAUAA